AUGAGGCGCCAGGAAGUAUCGCCAUCCCCGUCAUACCCUGACCACCGUCGCUCGGCCUACGAGAUGGACGACGAUGGCUACGCCGGGCGAUACGCCAAGCCCUCUCGCGACGACCGCAGAGAACGAAGAGGCGACCGCAGCAGCAGACCAGAGCGAGAAUACCGCCCUCACGAGCGUCGCCCUGAAUAUCCUCCUCCAGAACCCCGUCCAAGACGUCGUCAACCCUCCUACUCCUCUGACGCAGAUUCCCCACCACCACCGCGACGAAGACGCAGCGAACACCGCCGUCCAGAACCUCGUCGCGACUACGAUCGCUACGACUCGUACGACGACCGCGAUCCGCCACCGCGUCGCCGCAGAGAAGCCCGCGACCCAGGCGGUUACGUCUCAGACGACAGGCACAACCGGCCUCGCCGACAGUACUCCGAGUACGAACGGGGGGACUCGCGGCAGGAUCGCCGCCCCAAAUAUCGCGAUGACCGGUACGACGACAUGUUCCGCGACCCGCCGCCAGGCCGCAGUCGUCGCCACCACGACGACGGACACAGACGGGAUGGCGGUGGCGGUCGCGGGUAUCGCGAGCGAGGGAGGUCGGUGGGUGCCAAGACGGAUUGGCAGAGGGAGGGCAUGGAUCUGUUCAAGCAGUAUGCGCUUCCUGUCAUCAAGGCUCAGGGAGGCAAGUACAUUGCUAAGCAGCUGGCUGGGUUCGCUUCCAAGCAGGGAGGACGUUAAUUCGGGCUUCGGGACGGGAUGCAAAAUGGGUUUGAAAUCGAUUCGAUGC